AUGUCGUCAGCUCAUCUUGGUCGGGUCAUUUUAACAGUAACAAAACUUUUUGAAGCCUUGCAAUUCAUUGAAGCUUACAACAGUAAUCAAGUUCAAGUGGCAUCCAAUGUUCAAGUUGAAGCAACAAAAUCCUGGGCCUAUCUAGUGGUGAAAGACAAUGAUGCUACUCGAAACCUUGGACGACGGCAAAAUCACGACUUGUGCGACGUAUUGUGGAUGCUGUCAAUAGAGAACAACCUUUCGUGCAAGAAGUGGCUCCUCCUGUACAUCAUGAUUCUUUACAACCAUUCCAUUGAUAGUUUAACGAAAGAUAUGCCUGACGAUCAACUGGAAUUGAUGAUUCUAUUGUUAGAAGAUUCCAAGGAUAGGCCAAUGAAAUAG